GUCUCCGGUCCAGCGGACCCCGGUCCCUGGUCUCCGAGGGAAGCCGCAGGACGUGAACUGACAGGAAGUCGCGAGCAGAGCGGGAGGAAGAGGAGCCGCCGCGUGGGAGAUACGAUGGAGCACAACAUCCACCUGGAAUCACCUUCAGCCUGAGCGGUAUUGAGGGGAGCUGGACCUGUGGGGCGGGACUAUGUACGUCCUGUGCAGCCUGAUGGUCCUGACCCUCCACAGCUUCUUCAAGCGCUGGACCAACAAAGCCGUGGAACCCGGAGGACGUCUGGGGGACGGAGGCCUCCCCGAGGUGUGGGGGACUUCCAGGUCUGGAGAAGAUUCAGUGAAGGUCGUGGACCAAAGAGGAGCGAAGAGGAGCUACAGGGCGGAAGGGAAGCGGAGGCGAGGCGGCGUAUGUAAGAGAGUCCAGCCGGUCCAGCAUUCCAACGCUCUGCACGGCCCGGUGGUCAUGUUCAGUACAAGAAAGACCUGGGAUCUAGGCCACGUCCCCUGCCUGCAGGAACUCUGGAAGAAAGACAUCUCAUUGGACGCCAGCUCAGUGGACCUCCUGAUGAGUGAUGAUGAAGACGAAGGCUCCUUCCUUUCUCUGCCUACCGCCGCCUUCUCUCUGACCACAGAGCUGUCUGAAACACAAGCACCCAGCCAGCUGCUCAUCCAGGCUCUACAGGACAAAGUCUCCCGUCACCUGCUGCUCCAGCAGUGCAGCGUCCAGGAGGAGGCGUGUCUUCAGACUCCACACGGUGUGAGGGUCUUACAGCCAGGUGAACCGCUUUCAGAUCGUCUCCGCUGUCCAGAAGAAGAGCAGCUGGUUACUCGGCUGUGCACACAGGUGGAGGAGCUGGAGGAUAAGCUGUCGGAUCAGACUCAGGAGGUGGAGAGACUACGCUCUGAACUGGGGGCGACAGACCUGGAGAAGCAGCUGGAGCUGCUGGUGGUGGAGAACCAGCGUCUGAAGCAGGAGCUGAAGUCAUGCAGGAGUUCAGAGCUUCAGAGCCUCGACGCUGCUGCAGAAAGCUGCAGCCACUGCCCCCACAGACAGGAUGCGGAGUCCCUGCAGAGGCAGGUGUCCCGCUGGGAGAACCAGGCCCGGCAGAGGGAGCGACGGCUGAAUGAGCUGGAGCGAGAGCUGCUAGAGAAGAGCUCCAGAGUAGAGAGCCUCCACCGCCAGCUGGACGACGGCCACCGGCAGCUGGAGGAGUCGAAGCGGAGGCAGGAGGAGGCCGAGCUGAAACUUUCCCUCCGACUGCAGGAGUAUGAGGAGGAGCUCGCCAGGCAGGCAGCAAUGCCCCCCAGAGUCAAGUAUGUGACUCAGACGGUGGAGGUGGAGUCUGCUGACUCUCAGAGAGCUCUGGUGGAGCUGCAGACGAAGAACGCCGGGCUGCAGGAGCAGCUGUCUGUGCAGAGCCAGCUGCUGAGAGAGCUGGAGACGCAGCUGCACCAGUCGCAGAGGACCUGCGCUCAGCUCAGGACGCAGAUCCUGGUGUAUGAAGGGGAGAUGGAGCGAGCUCAGGGUCAGCUGGAAGUGGAGAUGCAGAAUCUGGAGGAGGAGAAGAACCGUUUGAUUGAGGAGGCCUUCAUCAGAGCCGAGAUCGAGAUGAAGGCUGUCCACGAGAACCUGGCUGGAGUGCGUAUGAACCUGCUGAGCCUGCAGCCGGCCCUCCGGACCCUCACCUGUGAUUACAACUGUCUGAAGAGGCAGGUGCAGGAGUUCCCCUUCAUGCUGGACAAAGCUAUCACCGAGGCCAAGCAGGAGAUCUGCCAGGUGAUCAGCGAGGUGAGCACGACCAAUCAGGAGCUUCUGCGUAAAUACAAGAGAGAGAUGAACCUGAGGAAGAAAUGUCACAACGAGCUGGUUCGACUCAAAGGUAACAUCCGUGUCUUCUGCCGUGUCCGGCCGGUCUGUCUCGUGGAGCAGGACUCCGUCGACUCGAAAGCCAUGCUGAGCUUUGACUCGGAGGACGACGCCGUCCUCUACCUGUCCAAUAAGGGCAAAAUGAUGACCUUUGACCUGGACAAAGUCUUCCCUCCUCAGGCCACACAGGAAGAGGUGUUUCAGGAGGUCCAAUCUCUGGUCACUUCCUGUAUCGAUGGCUUUAAUGUCUGCAUCUUUGCCUACGGACAGACGGGCUCUGGGAAGACAUUCACCAUGGAGGGCGCUGUGGACAACCCUGGCAUCAACCAGCGAGCGCUGCGCCUGCUGUUCUCCGAGGUGACGGACAAAGCUCCAGACUGGGACUACAGGAUCUCCGUCAGCAUGGUGGAGAUCUACAACGAGACGCUGCGGAACUUGCUUGGGGAGAAUCCCUCCAACAAGCUGGACAUCAAGAUGAACCCUGAUGGCAGCGGACAGCUCUACGUACCCGGACUGACAGAGUUCACCGUCCAGAGCCCCAAGGACAUCAACAGGGUGUUCGAGUUGGGUCACAUGAACAGAGCGACUGCCUGCACAAACCUAAAUGAACACAGCUCUCGUUCUCACGCUCUGCUCAUCAUCACCGUGUCUGGAUUCAACUCUGCUACUGGGAACCGCACACAAGGGAAGCUGAACCUGGUGGACCUGGCGGGCUCCGAGAGGAUCGGGAAGUCCGGGGCGGAAGGCAGUCGCCUCAGAGAAGCUCAGUGCAUCAACAAAUCUCUGUCGGCGCUCGGCGACGUCAUCAACGCGCUGCGGGGCCGACACGCCCACGUCCCCUUCAGGAACUCCCGUCUCACGUACCUGCUGCAGGACUCUCUGAACGGGGACAGCAAGACGCUCAUGAUGGUGCAGGUGUCUCCGCUGUCCGGUAACAUGAGCGAGUCCGUCUGCUCUCUAAAGUUCGCUCAGCGCGUCCGGAGCGUAGAGCUGGUGCCCUCGUCUUCGUCUUCCAGGAGACUCGAGAACUCGUCCACCUCAUCCUCGCCGACUCACGACAGCGUCGAGCUGGACUCUCCCCCGGUGACCCCCGCCCCUCUCCCCAUCUCUCGGGCCAGCAGUGCCGGCUCCACCCUCUCCUCCACCUCCAGAGCUCCUAGCAGCACCCGCCGGAGGUCCCAGUCCCAGCUGUCCACUGGACGACUGAAGCUGACGACUUGAGGGACCUGGAGACCGUUGUGGAGGUCCAACCCGCCUCGGUGGUUUGAUCCCUCAGCUCUGACUGAAGGGGAAGAAGAAGCAAAGCCUGAUGGGACUUUCUGUAGCGACCUCUCAUACCGACAUGGACCAACCUCUUCAAUGAGGAUGAACAUUGAAAGAUGUAAAAGGACUUCAAUGAGGAUCACCUGGACCCCUAGAGGACCCUGAAGGACUGAACACCUUCAUAACAGUAUUCCACUUCCAAUCACAGUAUUUCUUUUAUUGUUUUUGUAAAGUUGCACUUUAAACCUUGAGAUUUAAACACAGUUCCAGAUGUGGUUGAAUCAUAAUAUAUGCAUAAUAUGGUUAUAUAUUUAUGUUUAUUUCCUGGUGAGGAUGCUGACCAUGUGAAAAGAGCUCAUCUUAAACUUUUGAGAUGAACAUUUGAACAUAUUAUUCUCAUUUCAUCAAGUUUUAAAUCCUCUUCUGUAGUUUUUUAAUAUCCUUGCGGUCCUCCUUUAUCCAAUCAGGGCAGCCCCCGGUACGAGCUGUCCAAUAGGAAGAGAGCAAUACGAGGACAGCUUUUGAUGCUCUUCUUCUGUUUUUAAUUCUUCAUACUGAUGGAGCUUCACUUUCUUUGACUGCUUCUCCUCGUCGUUCUCCUGCUGUCGGCUCGUCACCUCUAGGACGCCACAGGUGACCUUUGACCUCUGUAGUGGUAGGAACAGGAACGACCUGAUGAUCUCAUAUAUAUAUAUAUAUAUAUAUAUAUAUAUAUAUAUAUAUAUAUAUAUAUAUAUAAUUAGCUUUGUCUCUGCUUGAGAUUUCUCCAGUUUGAUUUCUUUUGUAUUCCCUUUUUAUUAAAUAAACAUCCAAAACAAACAUUUAA